CUCAUUGCGUGGUGGGUAUUCGGACGUGACCGACCUCAGAGCGGUUUCUUUUCAUUUGUUUAAUUUCGUUUCGCUCCGUUCUACAUUUUACUUAGCGGUAGUUUCAGUUUGAACAGGUCCGAGGUAACCGAAAUCUCCCACCACAAUGUGGACCACGAAGAGGCACGUUACUUUGCUUGUCGUGGUAAUAUUAUUUAUAAAUUGUAAUGGUUUUAGUCUGGAUUUCACUGAUAUCAUGGACUCUGCGAUGUCGUACAUACGUACAGAGGAACGCAAUGCUGUCAAUGUGGAUGAAAUAAUGGCACGAUUCAAGAAGUCUGUGGAUGAUCUAGUUGAUGAACAUCUAAAUGCAUUUCAAGAAGCAUAUAAAAUUCCACAGACAAGAAGCAAAAGAGAACUGCCAGAGGAAUUGGAUGUCAUUAAUGAUGCGCACUACAGGUUAACAAAUGUGACAACUUCUGAAGUCUACAACACCACUCUUUAUUUCGGUGAUAAUGUUAUCAGUGAUGUGACAGAUUUUCAACUUGAUUCAUACAUGCACAUCUUAAUGCUACUUCAAGAUGAAGAUGGAUACUCAAGUGCUGUAAUACUCCGGCAGAAUGGAAGCGAGUGGAAUGUAACAGAAUGGUUAGAUGCUCCUGCAAUCAAGGAUGUCACAUCUUUUACUGUGGGAACAGAUCUGUUUAUUGUACUUGUGCAAGAUAGUUACGAAGAUAGAGGAACUGGCAAAGUGCCAUUGACUCAAAUAAGGAGAUACAAACAGGGUGCUACAUCCAUCGAGGAUUAUUCUCUACAGAGGAUGCACACGUAUGGUGCCAGUUCAGUCACAACUUUUGAUCUACCUCAUAAAGACACUAAAUGUAUGAUAAUUACAAAAGGAGGUUUGGAGACUAGAUCGGAUGUCUACUGCUCGUUAGGAAACUAUUUUGAUCACAUCACCUCGGUACGUACCAGUUGGCCCAAUAGCAUUGAAGCAUUCACCAUGCACGACAAUGUGCAUCUAGCUGUACCUCACAUGGACUCGCUGGAAAACAACCCAGAGACUGAUUCUGAAAUUCUUGUAUUGAAUCUUCAUACUGAAAGCUUUGAUCAUGUACAGUACAUCCGUACACUUAGAGCUAUGCAAUUCGAGCACAUCAGUUAUGGAACUGGAACCUUUGUAGAACAUUUCCUCAUACUUAGAAAUCAAAUCCAUGCUGACGACUCGGAUGACAUUCCUGAUGCCUCGAUCUAUAAAUAUGUCAAAGGUAAAUUUGUACCAUUUCAGUGUAUUCACAUUAAGAAUGGUCAAAUUGAAUAUUUGAACCUGAUCGAAGGAGACGACCAAAAGAAUGUACUUAUCCUGAUUACCAAUCUUGAUGUUAAUCCCAUACAACUCUAUGAAUACGAUGGCUGGAGGUUUGUCCCAACAACAGUCAACUUCGAACACAAUAACCCAGGGAUUAAAAGGGCCUUUCCAGGCUACAGUUUUGUACGUGGUGUGAUUUUUGUGCUUCUAGUUGACUACGAAGAGCAUGAAAAUUAUGUAGAGACUUUGCAUUUCUCGUCGAUAAGGCCCAUCUUUGAUGCAAGAGAGUCUGCUAAGGAAGCAUGUGCCAACGCUGAACUUAUAAUCUCAACCGAAUUGGAACGUUUUAACGAUAUCGAAGCUGCUGCAUGUGAUCUUGUCUACACAGACAGCCGUGUGGUUAUAACUGGUGAAAAAACAUUUGUUGAUGAAAUAACUGUAACGAAUGUAUCCCAUAUUUAUCAAAUCGAGGGUAAUAAUGGUGCUUUUUUUGAUAAAAGUGAAGUCAGUGCACUUCCGGAAGUGAAAGAAAAUAUAACCAAUAUUCAGCAAAGACUUGAAGUUGUUGAAGGUUUGUUGAACAGAGCAAUGAAGACAGUUGGUGAUCAGAACAUACUCGGACAUAAAACCUUUAUGAACUUAACUACUGAAUCCCUGAAUGUCAAAUCAAAUUUCAUCUUGGACGACAUGGAAGACGUUGAUGGUGUAAACUUUACAGAGCUUGAGCUGGAUACUAUGAAAAUCAAUGUUGACCAAGAUCUCUACAAUAGAUUCAGUUUCCAUGGUGGCAUUGUAUUUGAAGAUGGUUUAUUUGUAGAUGGUAAUGUGGACGGGCAGGAUCCUGACACUGUGGUGACUUUAGAUGGCACACAAGUAAUAGUUGUAGAGCAGACAUUUCAAGAUCAAAUCCUUGUUGAAGGUCAUGCUGAGGUGUUUGGUACUGUGGAUGGCAUAUACCUUAAUUCUACCAGUAUGCUGUUAACUAGUGGCCGUGGAGAUGUUCAGGUAGUCACGGGUAACCUGACAUUUCCCGAUGUGCAAUUCAACAACAUUGAAAGUUACGGAGAGGUAGACGGUGUUAAACUUGAUGAGCUUCGUGACAAUUCAGUCCAUACUGAUGGCGACUACAAUAUCACGGCCGUUCAUAGAUUCCAUAAAAUGGUCAAUAUUAACAGUAGUUUGACUGUUACAAAGAAUCAUACACUGGAUGAUGUAGAUGUUGAAGUUUUAUUCAAUGAGAUUCUGAAGAAAACUGUCUAUCAGCAGAUACCUGCUAACUACACAUUUACGAAUCUAAAUAUAACCAAUAAUCUUGAUGUUCAUGGUACAAUAAAUGGUAUUGACAUUCCUGAUGAUGUAUUGCAAGUGAGCCAGUCGGCCACUUUAAAUGGAAAUGUAACGUUUACGAAGGAUGCAAUUAUCUCCACCUUGGAUUCACGCUCAAGCAUUGAUGGUAUAGCCAGUAAUUUAGAAGGUGGAAAUAAUUUGGACUUGUUGAAAACCACUGGGAUUCAGACCGUGCAAUUUUCUCGGACAUUUAUGGACAACAUAGUAGCUGGUAACGAUUUAAAUAUAGCUAACAAAUUGACAGUUGAUGGUGUUGAUAUAAGCAUGAUGGACUCUGAUGCUGUGAAGUUGAAUGGUAACCAAGAUAUCACUGGGGAGAAGGUAUUUGGUUCAAAUAUCACCAUUGAAAGUAGUUUGGAGGUAUAUGGUCGCAUAAAUGGAAUAGAUGUCUAUGACCUCACUAAAUCGUGUGUAAGAAUACAUGAUGAAAUGAUCGAAACAAGCUCAACAAUAACUUUUGAAGGAGAUGCUGUGUUUCAGGGGAAUCUGGACACCAAAGGUGAACACUCAGUUCAUGGGAUUAAUUUACACGAUUUAGUCGUGCAAGGAGUCGCAGAAACUAUUGGUGGAAAGAAGACUUUCAUCAGUGAUGUAAAAAGUAGAGAUGAUAUACAUGUAGAUGGAUUAAUAAAUGACCUUGAAUGGGAAGAGAUUGACGAUGAUGCUUGGAUGUUGAAUAACACUGGCCAAUUAGUGACAGUUUCAGGUUCAAAGACAUUUACAGGAGAUUUCACUAUAUCAAACUCUUUCAAUGUCACUGGAACUAUAGACGGUAAUUAG